GACGACGUGGAUUGUCUCAUCGACUACCUUGAGGGAAAUAUUACGGCUGAGGAGGCUGCGCUAUCUAUAACCCAGGUUUUACUCGACGAGGUCAACCCACCUACUCAACUAUACCGGUUUAUGGGACUACUUUGCGAAGCCCUGGUGGAAUCAAAACACGACAGGGAAAAGCUGUUGGAGCUCCUCGCAGCCAUCAAGAGAAUUCCGCCGGAAGAAAUCAACUGGCCUGCCCUACCAGGACUCCUUCCCCUGUGGAGCGACUUAUACCGACUCCAUACCCGCGGCCCUAAUGGCUGGGAGCUGCGCCGCCGUUAUGAAGAGAUUGGUACGGUCGAGGCCACGCUAUACGUUCGAGGACUCGGCGGCGUUACGGAGAAUUGGGUGUACGAGCUGUUGAACUUGGCCAGUCUGAGGCGUCCAGGCCUCGAUGUUGUCAUUGGCGAGAUACACUCAUGGCUGACUGUUGCGGGGACAAAGUUGGUAAAAGACUUGGAUCCAGACGAAGUGAGGAACUGGCCUAGGCCGGUGCUCGGUGGACAGCCUGGACAGCGGCUUUCGGUUGAGGCGACAAUGGCACAGCAUUGGGAGGCGUGGAGACGCUCUUUGCUGCAGAUUAGCGAGGAGAGGGACUUUUUGACUGAUGAGGCGAGGCGGCUUGCAAGGGAGUGCCAUGCGAUGAUGCAAAGGCCUAUACAGGCACAA